CUUUUCUUUCCUUCUGCUUCUGACCCUAAAUAAAGGGGCUUUAUCUGUAAAUUGAGAGUAGCGAGCGGAGGGUGAGAGGCUCCGUGAGAGAGUUGUGCGAGAUAGUCAUAGUUAGGGUUUACGCGCAUUUCGUAGUGUAGAUUUUUGACGCUCUUGGAUUGUUGAUCGAGCCUCACGGUGGUGACAGCCCGUGAGCACCUCGGCGUUGCUUUUACGGUGCUUGGAACAUUUAGUGGUGGUGGUGGGAGCAACAGUUAAAGAAAAAGAGAACAAAACCCAUAUUCGCCCAAGCCCCAUUAGCCAUUACAUCUCAGUCUUGACCUAAACUCAAUUAGUGUAACCGUGCAGUGACGAGAAAACAAUGGGAGUUUCAGAUUACGCGGUUAGUGUCGAACAUUGUGAUAACCAUUACGAGACUUAGUGUCAUCAAGAACGAUGAAUAUCUUGCAAGGGAAACGCAAGCGCCAAGACCGGGCUUCUGCACUCUCUGUGUCGAUGACCAACGAGGAGCAGGUGAUUUACAAUAUCAUUCGCGGGAAGGAGAUGGGGAUAUGGCAAGGGGACAUCAAAAGAGAAACCAACAUCCCUGACAGCAUUUUGAAGAAAUCCAUCAAGUUGCUAAUCUCCAAGACUCUUAUCAAGGAAGUUGUGAACAUCCAAAACAAGUCCAAGAAGGUGUUGAUGGCCAUGGAAUUCGAGCCCUCUAAGGAGAUCACUGGUGGAGAGUGGUAUACCGAAGGCAGGCUCGACACACAGCUCAUUGAUGCUCUGUCUGAUGUCUGCUUGAAGCUUAUUUCCCGGAAAAAGAUCGCUACUCGCGAUGCAAUCCUUGAGUGGACUAGAACCUUAGGAAGUGAGGUUUUUCCUAGGGGAGUCAGUUCAGGACAGGUGGAACAAAUUUUAAAAGUUUUGGUUAUGGAAAAUAAGUUACUAGAGGUGAACAGCACUGGUUUUGGGGAUUUUUCAUCUGUUCCUGUUGGUGAAGUUUGUUUUAGGCUGGCGAAAAAGGUAGGCACCAAUGAAGAAUUUUCUACGAGACUUUCACAGGUUAGAUCUGAACAUGAGUCAGCUCCUACACCGGAUGAUGCCAGUAAUGCAGAAGACGACAUACGUAGGACACAGUGCUGGGUCAAGAUCGUUGGUGGGAAGAAAAAGGGUCGACUGUACGGUGCAGGACAACUUGCUGCAAACUAUACAACAUCGAGAGGAGGUACUCUGAAGCACCAACCUUCUUCUUCCACCACUGCUCCUGACGAGGUCGUUCUCCGCCUCACGCAGGCACUGAAGCAACGUGACCAGGAAAUCACUGAUCUGAGAGCAGAAUUUACAAACUUUAAGGCCCUGGUCAUGAGAGUGUUGCCUGAAAUUUCACAGGAUGAAUUCAAUAUCCCUCUGACCCAGCCACGAUCCUCCUUGUCACCUACUGCCCCUCACUAGCCUAUAUCAGUCCAACCCUCAUCAGUCCAACCCUCAUCAGUCCAACCAACACCAGUCUAGCCAUCAACAGUCCAACCAUCAAUACAGGAGCAGGAUGAUGAAGAAUAUCAUUUUGAUGAUAACUAUGUACAUUAUUAGUUUCAUUUUGUUAUUACUUGUUAUAGAAACAUUUGGAUAUUACAACAGUUGUAGUUUAGAUCAUUUCGAUGUUAGAUCAACUGGAUGACUUUGGAUGUUAGAUCCUUUCAUUAUGUUAGAUUGUUAUAUGUUUUAACUAUAUAAAUACAUGUUCUAUGGAUUAA